CCUUCCACACCGCUGAACACGAGCGUUUUCACCUGUCGCCGCAGCCAGAAUAGAUCCAUUUGCGAACGACCCCGGCCGCUCACCACCGGCCCUCGGGCCUCGCCAUGUGCGAACGACCCAAAAUGUCGGACGUGGCAAAAGGCUUGGGUGUGACGCCCGAGAACAGAUCGGUGCGGCAGAAGGGGGGCAUGACUUGGGUGAUGCCUGGCAUAUAUUUGGGCAACAAGCAAGCUGCUGCAGAUGUGGCUCACUUAGAGCAGUCCGGAGUGAGAGCGGUGGUCUCGGUGGGUGCCAAACCUUCCAUGGCCUUUCCGUGUCACUAUGUCCCAGUGCAAGACAAUGGAUCGGACUCCAUGUUGCCUUUCCUGGAUGAAGCCUGUGACUUCAUUCACCAACAUCGAAAGAUGGGCUCAGUGCUGGUACAUUGCAAGGGCGGCAUCAAUCGUUCGCCAUGUUUGUUGGUGGCCUACUUGAUGAAGUACGAAGAUCUUUCACUGGGCGAGGCCCUGAGCCUCGUCGCGGCGGCGCGCCCCGCCGCCCACUGCCCAUCCAACUUCCGGAAGGAUUUGCAGAGCUUUGCGGCCCAGCUGCGCCCAGAGACGGCGCCUCCGUCUGCGCCGUACUCGGCGGAUCCUGGUUCACCAGUUCCCAACGAGAGCCAUGUACAGUGCACAGAGAUUCGGGGAACUCCAGAUCCGCCAGAGGCGUCUAAUUGAGAUCCUUUACUUCGAAGGUGAUCUCUUGGAUGAAUCGACGUCCUGAAAAA